AUGGUUGCUAUUAUCCAAAACCAGAUUAAUGCCCUUCUGAGUACAAUUGGCUUAGAUCCUGCUAGUUUGAAGAUUCUUUUAUGUACAUUGCUUUCCUUCCCAUUUGGUAUAAUAUUCAAACGUAUUCCAGACCAAAAGUACUUUUUCAAGAAUAUUUACAAUGUUUUGGUAUCUUCUUUCUACAUUUUUGGAAUAUGUGAUUUGAGAUGGGGUUUAGGUACUUUAUUAUUAUCGUCCCUUGGCUCUUACUUCAUCACGAGGUAUUUAAGAACACCCAAAAUGCCUUGGAUUAAUUUCUUGUUCUUGAUGAUACACAUGGCAUAUACUCAUUUCCAUCUUCAGUUCUUUGCUGAAUAUGAUCCUUCUAUUAUUGACAUUUCUGGUGCUCAGAUGAUUUUGGUGCUUAAGCUUUCUGCCUUCGGGUGGAGCAUCCACGAUGGGAAACAACCACUGGACUCCUUGAGCAAUUACAAUAGGACAAGAGCUAUACAUGAGCAUCCCAAUUUGUUACCAUUUAUUGGGUACGUUUUCUUCUACGCGUCGCUUUUAACCGGACCAGCAUUUGAUUAUGUGGACUACGAUCACUUUAUCCACUCUACCUUGUUUGAUGAUGUUCCAGAAGACAAGAGACCAGGUAAGAAAAGAAAGAGGAGAAUACCGAGGAGUGGACGUCAGGCAUUGAAAAAAUUAUUGCAAGGAUUAUUUUGGGCAUUCCUUUUGUUUGAAGUUCCGAAAUUGGUCAAUACUGAGUUUGUAUUUUCUAAAGAGUUUGUCACUAAACACCAUUUCAUUUACAGAAUCUUCUAUAUGUGGCUUUUAGGAUUCUUAUAUAGAUUGAAGUAUUAUGCAAUUUGGCUAAUUGCCGAAGGUGCGUGUAUUUUAUGUGGAAUUGGGUACAAUGGAUACGAUGCUGAAACAAAAGAAUUCAAGUGGAACAGAGUGCAAAAUGUUGAUCCCGUCACCUUCGAACUAGGUCAAAACGUUCACACAUGCUUAGAGGCAUGGAAUCAAAAUACUAAUAAGUGGUUGAAGCAUUACGUAUAUUUGAGGGUUGCUAAAAAGGGGAGAAAACCUGGUUUUAAGAGCACUGUUUUCACCUUCGCCACCAGUGCUUUCUGGCAUGGCACCAGGCCUGGAUAUUACUUGACGUUUGUUGUUGGUGCAUUCUUGCAAACGAUUGCCAAGUUUUACAGAAGGAACAUCAGGCCACAUUUUUUGCAAAGUGAUGGUGUAACGCCUAAACCAACGAAAAAGAUUUAUGACUUUGUAUCAUGGGUUUCUACACAGCUUGCAUUUGGAUUCGUGGUUCAGCCAUUUGUUAUUCUUAACUUUAAAAAAUCAUUACUAUGUUGGCAGACGGUUUAUUAUUGGUUGUUAUUCGUCAUAGCUGGUUCAUUCUUCAUUUACAGAGGUCCACCAGCCAAAUAUUUCACCAUCAAGAGACCAGAGUCCAAAACAAAGAAUAGAACUACACCAACAAAAUCCGAUACCUUGAACUCCAAUUUAUCAAAAGAGGAGAAUGAUUUAAUAAAAAAUGCAGUGGAGAAUAACUUGGAGAAGAACUAUCAUAUGCCAACCUUGGGAGUUCCAUCGUUUGAUCAUCUCCAAAGUUUAGAUAAAGAUGACAUUGAUGAAGAGUUGCAAAACUUGAAACAAGCUUGGAGCUCGUUUAAAAGUCGAAACUUUCUUGCCGAUGAUGAUUUUGAUGGAUUAAAAGAUGCAUAUUCUAACUUUACUAAGGAAAUUAAUGAGAUUUUUGAUCGCAGAAAGGAAGAGUUUUCCAAGCAGCAAGAAAAGUCGGGUAAAACCGACUAA